UUGACACGAGCAGUGAACAAUCACAACUCGGAAAACACUGGCCAUUGGUAUAUAGGACCCUUCCGAAGCGAGCCAGACCACGAGCCUGCGGCGUAUACUCUACUACCCACCCUGAAAAGGUCUGCAAGGCACGACACCAUGAAGCAAAUAAUUAGCUUGUUGUGCCUCAUUGGAUGCGUCGCUAUCUGUGCUUCGUCUUCCGAGCUGGAGAAGAAUGAGCCGGCAUUGGACGUCGUAAUUGACCAGCAGUCACGUAGCGUGGGCGUGCAAGCCAUCCAAGUAGGCGAAGUGCUCCGUGCCAUUUCCCAAGGACUGCGGGACACUGUGCAGCCGUCAGAGCAAGUGGAACAUGAGAAUGAAGAAUAUUUUAUUAAGAAGCUCUGGAAGAAGGCAAAGAACGCAGUGAAGCAAGUCGGAAAGGGUAUUGAGAAAGGUGUGAAGGGCGUGGUCACCUCCAAGGCAGCUGACAUCGUGAAGAAGUUUCUCGAGGACAAGCUCGGCGUAUACGCCCUAGAAGACGGCAAGACAUACAAUGAUUUCCGCUAUGACCUGGCCGAAGAGUUCGAGCGUGUAGGAAGUGCCCUAAUUGAAAAAGGAACACAGCUCUGCACAUGUCGUGGCCGUAGGUUUCUAGACGAAAAGGAGAGGAAAUUCGUCCAGGGAGUCGUCGAAGCGCUUUAAUAAAAAGAUAUCGUGACAUGCAA